CAUUAGUUUUGUUCACAACGUUCCCUGAAAACAAACUGAAAUUAGUCUCGUGUUCCCAUGAGGAGUGAGGGAGAGCCUUCUGAGUGGUCGUAACUUUACGCUGGAGCCAGUUCUAACUCAUUUAGUCUUUCUAACCUCUGUACCUCUCCUCCAUCUCCCUUUAUAACUGAGCAUGUCAUGUAACAUAUUAAUCCAGCAGGCGUUUCUAUCCAACGCAACGUACAGAAGGAAUUUGAACCUGCAACCUCUUGACCUGCAGUCACAUACUCUAACCUCUGAACUGUCCUUUAGGCCUAUCCUCAGAUUCAUGUCCAACAGUACCCCUACCAAGCACCAACCCUCAGACCCUAACACAGCAAGACCCUGCAUUACUACAUUCAUGUCACUGAUCCAUCACCUCACUGCACCAGACACAAGAGCCACAGGGCACCACAGAGCAAGAGCUAGUCUCCAAGUAAAACACCAACUAUUGGUCACGUGACCUGCCGGUUGGUUUACUGUGAACUGGUGAGACCGUGAUGUGGAUGUAACAUCAUUCAGCAGGGGAAGUGGUUACCAGCAACAUGCUAGUCACAGUCCUGGGAGUUCUUCUGACUCUGAUCUACUCAUGUGAGUGUUCAGGCCCCACGGUCCUCCAGGCACCCACAGACCUUGUCCUCCACGCUGGGCAGACCGACCAGGUGACCCUGCAGUGCAGCGUGGGUCCAGGCUUCAGCAUGAGCAGCUACACCAUGCUGUGGUACCGCCAGGCUGGCUCCGGGGCUCCGAUAGAGUACCUCACCAAGGAGUACGAGACUCCCGAGGGCCACCUCCAGCCCUCUAUCGACACGUCCAGCAACAGCUUCACCCUGCGGAUAUCAGAGCUGUCUCCGGAUGACAGCAGCACCUACCUCUGUGCUGCCAGUCACAGUGCUGCCAAGCAGACUGGGAGCCAUGCAAAUACAUCAUGUGAGGCUAAUGACAUUAGGAUGACAAGGCCCCGACACGCAGCGCUACGUCAAGCAGAGUGCGUGACUCUGGACUGUGAACACGAUGACAGCAACUUUUACUACAUGUUCUGGUACCGACAAACAGGCAGCCAGAUGCGCAUGCUUGCUUCCUCCAUGGGCAAGAAUGUGUCCACUGUGGAGGCUGGACCCAGAUAUGCCAUGUCUCGUCCUAACCUGACUUACUCCUCCCUGGAGAUCAGACAGCUGGAAGGCCAGGACUCUGCGGUGUAUCUCUGUGCCUCCAGCACUGGCACGCUGACUCAGAGCAACCACAUGGCGCGACAACAACCUAGAAACCACACCGUGGAGUUAGGAAGCACUGCCUGUGCUCUGCCAUCAUAUUGGGCUAUUGCGGUGAUUAUGUGCAAGAGUUGGCUCUAUGCCCAGAUCCUGGUGCACAAUGAGUUUAUAUCUCCGUUAGCGACUGUGGGUUUCAAUGAGGCUUAUUUUGGGAAAGGAACCAAACUCACCGUCUUAGAUCCCAAAAUAUCAGACAUAGCCAUCGCACCGAAGGUCAGUGUUCUGCCCCCCUCCACACACGAGUGUAAGGAUGCAAAAGACAACAAAAACAAAAAGACCCUGGUGUGCGUGGCCACCGGCUUCUACCCGGAUCACGUCAGCGUGUCCUGGAAGAUCGGUGACCGUAACGUGACCGAUGGAGUGGGGACGGACAACUCGGCCGUGUGGGACAACGAAACGGAGAGGUACAGCAUCACCAGCCGCUUGAGAGUGCCUGCCGGAGAGUGGUACACAGACACCAAUCAGUUCAACUGUACUGUCCUCUUCUUUGAUGGUACGGAAGACAAAGCCUUUUCAGCGUCUGUUAUGGGAGAUAAAGCUCCGUCAACUGGAGGCAUGACAACAGAGAACUACGUGAAGAGCACUCAGACAGCUAAACUGGCGUACAUCGUCUUCAUCGCUAAAAGCAGCCUGUAUGGGUUCUUUGUGGUCGUGUUUGUGUGGAAGCUCCAGGGUAAAUCUGGGAAGCAUUUCACCUGAGGCCACAACAGGAAACCUGUGUUGACUGGGAUGGUGGGGUACUGUAUAUAGAAAUGAUUGCAGAGUAAAGAGGGCUUUGUUAAUAGGGAUUUCUGAAAUAACCUCAAGCCUGUAUAGAAAGAACAUUGUGAAGACAAACUUUUGUUCUCUACCUUUUUGAAAUGAAUUAACCAUAAUAGUGUAUGUUUGUAUUCAACAUAGCAGCUGCAUCUGCUAACAUUAUUCACAUUCAGAUUUUUCAUUGUUAAUAAAGUUGUAAUAUACA